GCGGCUGCUUUCUGCCGUCUUUCUUUUUCCUCCGGCAGGUGGUAUUUCUGUUGUUUUCUGUAAUCUUUGAUUGCUUCAUACAGUUAAAAAAAAUAUACAUAUUAUUCUGUAAAUUUUCAUUGGGCCAAAUCUUCAGGGUUAUUUUGAAGAAUGAGUGGAGCGGGUAAGUUGUGGAGUUUAGGAACAAAGAUCGUUGCUGUGGGCAGAAACUAUGCCGCCCAUGCCAAGGAGCUCGGCAAUGCUGUCCCCAAGGUGCCAGUUUUAUUUUUGAAGCCAACAUCUUCAUAUGUAGAAAAUGGUGGAAUUAUUGAGAUUCCACAUCCCUUGCAGUCAUUGGACUAUGAGGUAGAGUUGGCUGUUGUUAUUGGAAAGAAAGCUCGAGAUGUGAAACAGGUGCAUGCAAUGGACCAUGUGGAAGGUUAUGCACUUGCCUUGGAUAUGACUGCAAGGGAGAUUCAGAAUCCUGCCAAGGCUGCAGGUCUUCCUUGGACAGUGGCAAAAGGCUAUGACACCUUCACACCAAUAAGCAAUGUUAUAUCCAAAUCCACAGUUUCAAAUCCAGAUGACCUAGAGCUAUGGUUAAAGGUGGACGAUCAAAUUAAACAAAAAGGGUCAACCAAAGACAUGAUAUUCAAAAUCCCAUAUCUCAUAAGUCACAUAAGCUCAAUAAUGACUCUUUUUGAAGGAGAUGUUAUCUUGACUGGUACUCCCCCGGGUGUUGGUCCUGUGAUGGCGGGUCAAAAACUAACAACAGGGAUAACUGACUUGAUUGAAAUGUCCUUUGAUGUUCAACCACGCCAAAAGGUAGUUGAAUAGAAAACUUAAAGAUGCUGUGAGACAAUAUAUAUGAAUGUUGAUGAUAGAUUUCUGAUGUCAGAUGAAAGAAGCCUUGGGGCAUUGGCAGGAAAAGUAGAAUCCUGCACUUUGUUUGAUUUGCUGAUUGUAAUCUACUUGGAUGUAAAAUAAAUCGGAGUAGAUGUAUUAGGUGAAUAAAUAUUUUUAACCAGUCUUCAGGAUCUGAAUGUGCAAAGUUCUCAAAACUUUGUUCUUUGCAUUCUUUAAUGGAAAAUGUGAAUUUUUAUCAA